AAAGUAACAAAGUAUUUUGUUUUUGUUGCUGGCGCGCUGUAUUGUACUUUGUAGCUUGCUGGCUAGUUGUCGAAGCCGAAGUCUCGUCCGACGCUAAACUCAUAUCGAAGCUACAGUCCGUCCACAUAAGUUGCAGUCCGUCAACAGAAGCUGCAGUCCGUUAACAGAAGCUGCAGGUCGUCAAGAGAAGAAGCAGUCCGUCAACAGAUUCGAAGUUUCAGUCCGUCAACAGAAAAAGGAGUCCGUCGACAGAAGAAGGAGUCCGUCGACAGAAGAAGGAGUCCGUCAACAGAAGAAGGAGUCCGUCAACAGAAGUUGCAGUCCGUCAACCGAAGUUGCAGUUCGAGAACCGAAGUGGUAGUCCGACAACAGAAUCUGCAAUCCUCCAACAGAAGCUGCAUUCCCCAACAGAAGUUGCAGUCCGUCAACAGCAGCUGCAGUCCGUCAACAGCAGCUGCAGUCCGUCAACAGAAGCUGCAGUCCGUCAACAGAAGUUGCAGCCCGUCAACAGAAGUUGGGGUCCGUCAACAGAAGUUGGGGUCCGUCAACAGAAGCUGAAUCUGGGACAAUUGAAGGCUGUCACUGGCACAAACGCGCCUUGCCGACUGCACGACAUCUGCAGACAGAUCAUAGUUGUCAUGGCGAUUGGGAAGAGUUUGAAAAAGAGAUCCAGUCAGGGAUGGACUAAAGCGAAGUUAGAAGAACAAUGUACUCACCCAUACAAUCUCCGGCCUCGUCGCACCCGCCAGUCUCAGUCAGUACCGGCUUCUAACGGUGUGCACCAUGGUCCAACAGCAGGUGCCAUUGAAGUAGCCGCCAUGGAGCAACGCAAUUCACUGCCCACGCAUCACCAGUCAACAGGCCCACACAUGAACCCGCUGGAAAGUCUUCAUUAUGACAUUUGGGACUGCGUGCUAUCGUUUCUUGAAGUCAGGGAUAUUUUUCGUCUGUGCGGCGCAUCGCGGCCCAUACGAACAAUGCUGAUGACAGAGUAUACGUUCAGAAGACUUUGUAUGCUUCGUUACCACAUCAGCCCGCGGUUGGAUGUGUCGUACAUUAGCACCAGCAAAAUUUUGUACGCAGCAGCCAAUGUAGCCACUCUAUCCCGUCAAUUCUGCUGGGAUAUGUACUCAAUGUUUAAACGACGCCUGCCCAGAGUACAUUCUGAGGUAGCAUCUGAUAAUAUUCGAUGGAGAAUUAUGGCAUACUUCCCAUUGCUCUGUCCGAAGGCACCGGUGCAAAAGGGCGAGCUCUGUGCUUUUGGUAUUGACGAUUGGUUGCCUGCAAAUAUCGCCAGCUGGUACCUGCCCAACUUGGACACGGACAACUUGGAGAAGCUGUACCAUGUCAGAAAGCUGUGUGAAAUGUCAUUAGUACGCUGUGGUUCUGUACAAGUCUAUCAAAUGGACUUAAUCAGGAGUCUUUCACAAGAAACUCGCAAGUUAGUGUCCUACUUGCCGUACCACUAUCUACGCUGCAGAUUAAAUGAAAUAGUUAAAACAUUGUCUGAAAUAACUGGUAACAAGUUAACAUAUCUGCUGGCUUGUUUGGGAUUGUAUGCUGCAGCAGAGCCACAAUUCUUAUUUUUAAGAGCUACCCAACUUUGUCACGUUCAUUCUGUGUUGCAACUCUACAUCAAGCAAAGCCUGGAAAUGUCUAUUGCUGACUACUUUGCAGCAUGCGUUGAGUGCAGGGAGUAUUGUGAGCGGAUGUCCGAUUUCCUUUGGCGCCGUACUGUCUACUCCAAGCUUGCAGAGCACCUGAGCAUGCCGUGCCCUAAGCACAAUGUAUUGACACGGCUGCAGUUAUCUGAGGGCUUUCGUAGAGCUACCGAGCUUGUUCUUUGAGCAACGAUGGACAAUUAGAAAAUACCUUGCAUCGCAUUCUCUCUCUCUCUUUCUCUCCCUCUCUCUCUCUCUCUCUCUCUCUCUCUCUCUCUCUCUCUCUCUCUCUUUCUAACUACUCUGUGUCUCUUCUUUACGUCUUGCCGAUGUCAUCGACUAGUUCAAAGCAAAGAGUACCAUGGUGUUAUGUGUGUCAGGCUCUGGCCGUCCGGGCAUCUGUUUCUAGGAUGGCCCAAUGUUCAUGUCCAGUGUAUUGCUUGUAGGAUAUUGUGUCGGUAGUGAUUUUUUGUUUGUGUGGUGCUCGAAUCUGUUUCUCUUCCUAGUCUAUUCUUGGAUACAUUCUUGCAACGCUGUACCCGUUUGUUUUUAAUAAGUGAAGUGGACACAAUAAUUUUUUUAUCGUGAGUAUCUUUCUGGUCGCUUUAUUGUCUAAAGGAACGGACUGUGUGUGUAUUGUCUGGUUUUUCAUACAGUAUAUUCACUAUAUUGAUCAUUGAUGUCUGGAGACAUACAAUCUAGCCUUCGAUAGGGCUCUCAUUGA